GAGAGAUCGGUGUAAGCCCUGAUCUUGAUCCUUGUCGGUGUUGUUCGGAGUUUUGCUCAAGUGCCAACUUAGCAGGUGGCGGCUGGAAGCAGUGUUUCGGCAUGUGUCACACGGAUGACGAGCUGGUCUUUGAAAACGUGGGUUUGCCCAAUGGUUCUCAAGCACCUGCCGGAAACAAUUUCCCUGAUCUCUUCACACCUGCCGAAGGUGUGCCUGCAACUGCAGCAGUUGUUGAUGGACACUUUGCACCUGCAAUGGACAAAGAUCUCUCCGCACUUUCAGUCAGCUUUGAAAGGGGCACUUCUACACCAGCCACCAGCCGCGGGCAAGGUGUCUUCGCAUCAGGCUGCGAGCAAGGGAAGACCAACACCAGCAGGUCAUUUGGUUGUGAGCGUGACAUGUCUGCUGGAGAUUCCCGCACCAGGCAUUUGAAGCGACAUCUCUACAUGAAGUCCUUCUUGCGAGCCAAUGGCUUUCGCGGUGCCAAUACUGCUCGUCCGGGGCGUUUGGCCUGGUUGGGCUGCGUUCGAGGAGAGACCGUGUAUCCCAUUCAGAUUGCUGCGAUGAACGGUGAUGAUGAACUCGUGGAGAUUCUCCUGGAGGCUCGCGUGGACCCGAGGAAAGAAAGUUCGUUCGGGCGGACUGCCUUGGACUUUGCAGAGGAGGCCAACAUGUCUGGCUCGCACGAUCGAGUGAUUCGCUUGUUGGGCACCUGGCAGGUCGACAAGUGAGAUCUGCAGAACUCUUCGAAUGGAUCUACGCCUGGAUCCAGUCGGAGUGGGUGUAUACAGCGAGUAGUUGGUCCUUCUGCGGGCCUAUGACUCACAUGACCGUGAGUUGUGGACUGCUAACCUGUCCGAGCACAUAAGGUUCCAG